UAUGACAUUUGAAAAAUUGUAUUUUGCGUAGGAGUCCUAUACAUUAUGAAAUUAAUUUCAAGCUUUUAACAAUUCCAGAAUAUUGAGUGCGGAGCAGGCUAAUUGAGUUUUUUUGAAUAUCCAUUAGUCUGCAUAAGUAAAUACGCAAAUUUUGACUUACGGUACUCCAUAAGAAAUAAAAAUAAUUGGAAAAUCUAUCUAAAAAUGAGCAAUUUGAGUUCUGGAGAGGCUAGUGCCUUGACUCUAGAAAUAGGACCUUUUGAAACAGUCCAUCGCUGGAAGCGAAUGCCCGAAUGCGAUGAAUUUGUGGGCGCUAGACGAAGUAAACAUACUGUGGUUGCUUAUAAGGAUGCUAUAUAUGUAUUUGGUGGAGACAAUGGAAAAAGUAUGCUUAAUGACCUACUUCGAUUUGAUGUUAAGGAGAAAAGUUGGGGAAGAGCAUUUGCCACUGGGACACCACCUGCUCCAAGGUACCAUCAUUCUGCUGUAGUUCAUAAUACAUCAAUGUACGUUUUUGGUGGUUAUACUGGAGACAUUCAUUCCAAUUCAAAUUUAACAAAUAAAAACGAUCUAUUUGAGUAUAAAUUCAAUUCGGGUCAAUGGGUGGAGUGGAAAUUUGCGGGUCAAAAUCCAGUCCCACGAUCCGCUCAUGGAGCAGCGGUAUACGAUAACAAACUCUGGAUAUUUGCUGGAUACGACGGAAAUGCACGCUUAAACGAUAUGUGGACAAUUUCCCUCACAUAUGGGGAAAGGACAUGGGAGGAAGUUGAACAGAGGGGCGAAUGCCCCCCGACAUGUUGUAACUUUCCCGUUACUGUUGCUAGAGAAUCUAUGUUUGUAUUUAGUGGUCAAAGUGGAGCAAAAAUUACAAAUUCUCUAUUCCAGUUUGGUUUUAGAGACAAGGUAUGGACUAGAAUUUCAACCGAAAGGGUUUUGAGAGGUGCCCCACCGCCACCGGCAAGAAGAUAUGGUCAUACAAUGGUUGCAUUCGAUAGACAUUUGUAUGUUUUUGGAGGCGCAACAGAUCCCACUUUAUCCAAUGAUCUACACUGUUUUGAUUUAGACUCUCAAACAUGGGGGGUGGUUCUACCCGAUGCAGAGUCUUUUCUCCCAUCUGGUAGAUUGUUUCAUGCAGCCGCGGUUGUGGGCGAUGCCAUGUUUAUUUUUGGUGGCACUGUCGAUAAUAAUGUUAGAAGUGGGGAAAUGUAUAGAUUCCAGUUUUCUAGCUAUCCCAAAUGCACUUUACAUGAAGAUUAUGGAAAACUGUUGACAAAACCUGAGUUCAAAGAAUUUUUUGAUGUAAAAUUUGUAGUUGGAGAAGAUGAGGAAAGAGUGCUCGGGCAUGUAGCCUUAGUAGCUGCUAGAUCCGCCUAUUUAAGAGAUAAAAUUAGACAAGCUAAAGAAAGUAGGGAUAAACAUUUAAAGAAGCUGUUUGGUACUGCCAAAGUACCCUUUACAGAUAUUCCUCUUUUGGAAGUGUGCCUACCAAAAGCUAAUUCUGACGCCUUUAAAAUGGUUUUGGAUUAUAUUUACAUGGAUUGCAUAGAUCCAGAAAAAUACGCAAAAGUUUCCAAGGAAGAUUCAGAUCCAGAAAAAAUUAUAUUAGUUCGGAUGAUGGACGUGUAUCAGCUGGCGGAACAGUUCAAAAUGGCGCGGCUAGAACACCUUUGUGUACAAUAUCUAAACACCACAAUAUGUCUUAAAAAUAUAAUUGAAGCGCUAAAAAAUGCCGAAAAAUUGAAGUUAGAUUUCAUAAAGGAACAUUGUCUACGAUUCAUAGUUAAAGACACUAACUAUAAUCAGAUUAUUAUGAGUCCCGAUUUUGAAACAUUGGAUAGUCAAUUAAUGGUGCAAAUCAUUAGGCGGAAACAAAUACCAUAUUCCAAGGUUAACAACGAAAAUAACUUCGAUUUAGCUGGGAACUCCCUAGAACAAGACAUGAAUAACUUUCUUCGUUCAACUGGCAGAGAAUUUUGUGAUGUUAAUCUUAUUUUGGACGGGAAUGUAAUACCCGCGCAUAAAGCUAUUUUGGGAGCUCGAUGUGGAUACUUCGAAGCGAUGUUUAGAUCAUUUAUGCCGGUUGACAGCACUGUAAAUAUAAAAAUUGGCGAGCUUACUCCAUCCAAAGAAUCUUUUGACUCUCUCUUGAGAUACAUUUAUUAUGGCGACGUGAAGAUGCCGCCCGAAGACUCUUUAUACUUGUUUUCCUCGGCAUCAUUCUUUAACUUUACUAAUGUCCGUUUGCAAGCGUUUUGCAAACAGAAUCUCGAAAUGAACGUUACUUUCGAAAACGUUAUACAAAUUCUGGAAGCCGCCGAUAAAAUGCAAGCAACCGACAUGAAGAAAUAUGCGUUAGAUCUGAUUGUUCACCACUUCACCAAAGUGGUUAAGCUUCCGAGAUUUAAAAUGCUCGACAAAUCGCUAAUUUUGGAUAUUCUGGACGUCCUCGCCGAAAGUAUGGAUAUCAAUCAGCGCAACGAUGUCAGCAGUGUAGGGUUUAAUUUGGAACCAUGACUAAGGAGGAUAAUCGAGAAUAAGUGCAUUUGCAAACUGUGCUAUUCUCGUAAGGUCUUACUACUUCACGGAUGAUUGUUGCAUAUUAUGGCGUUUUUUUUGGCGUGGAGAUUGGACGAGGACGGUCUGUAGCGAAAUAAAACAAUAAGGUUUUAGAAGAAUUUCGGAAAAAAUAAGAUCGUAAGAUUUUUGUAUUGCCCAUAAACUCCUCCAUAUUUUUCCCGUAGUUCUAUUUACAAUUUUUAAUUUCUGUGGAUAUUUCCACAGAAAUGUAGCUUACAUGUCAGGUCUUAGCACUCCCAAAUUUUAAGGUUAGUAUAUACAGGGUUAUUUAUGACUUAUGGUAAAAACCAGAAAUGUUGGUUACUUAUGAAAGCGAAUAUGAGCUACCUAUGUAAAAUAUUUUCGGCCAUGCGGUGUUGCUAGAUACACUCGUAACUUAUAUCAAUUUCCGUUUCUUAAAUGGAGCACCCUGUAUAUUAUUACAUUUUUAGAUUUUGCGAAACGGACGGGAACUUUUUUUGUGUAACCUGUAUUGAACAUUUUCGGAGAUAAAAAAAUACUUUUUAUGACUUACGUUUAAUUUCAACCUGUUUUUUUAUGAUAGAUAAGAAAAAAGAUUUUUGUAUCUGCAACGGGAAUUUCAAUAAGGGAAAAUAUCUGAGUUGAGCCCCGGCUCAUUGCACAAAUAGAGUAAGUAAAGAACUUACAAUCAUGUUUGAAAACUGACGAAUAUGGCUUGUAGGUUCGUGGACCUGACCACCGCAUUCGCCAGAUAUUACACUGGUUAAAGAAGGAGUGUAUAAAACUCCAGUUGGAAUAAAAGACUUGUCAGACAGGCUUUUCAACAACUUGUUCCAAAUAAAAUUCAAAGAGCAACAGUUUCCAGUAUUAUGAAAUCAAUCCAUAGGCGUCUUAGAGCAAAUGUCUAGUUUCAAGCAUAAUGUCUAGUUCUAUGUAAUUAAAAACAAGUUAAAACCUUUUAUUAGCCUUGAAUAUUUGUUUUGUGUAUAACAGUUUCUAUGAAUAUUAUUUUUUUGUUGGCAUAUGCAUUUCCUUCCAGUUUCAUUGUUACAAUUACUCAUCUGAACAUAACUAAUAACGGAAUAUUAAGCUUAAUUGAAUAUUUUGGUUUUUUGCUUAUAACUCGAAAACCAGUAAAAAUAGAUAUACCAUAGUUUGGUACUUUUAGAUGCCAAAUUAAUUGCUCAUUUAUGUGCCAUUUAAAAUUCUUAUCUUAUCUUAUCUUAUGAAUGCCCUCUACGCGUUAAGUUAAUUCUCAUACUAUAUUAUGAUAACGCAAUUUAAUAUGAAAGCGCAACCAAAAAUUCAAGUAUACGGGUGGCGAAAAAAAUAUUAUGUUUGUUGCUAAAUUUCUUGAAAAGUAUUUUUUAUCUUCGAAAAUAUUCAAGGUAGGUAUAGUUCGUACAUGUUACAUUAAAAAGUUUCAGAACGUUUCACAGAAUCUGAAGAUGUAAUAAUAUACAGGGUGUUCCAUUUAAAAAACGAAAGUUGAUAUACAUUACGAGUUUAUUUGGCAAUACAGUUUGGCCAAAAAUAUUUUACAUAGGUAGCUCUUAUUUGCUUACAUAAGUAACCAUCAUUUCAGGUUUUUACCGUAAGUCAUUCUGCAUAAACAUCUAAUAGGACACCGUGAAUAACCCUGUAUACCAAAAAUAGCUAUUAUUCAGAAAGGCAUGAAUUUUAUCCAUUAGCUCUCAAGAAUCUUAAUUCGAGUGUUCAUUAAUUACUUUAUUCAUCUGAAUUUACUGUAUCAUUCACAUUUUGCGUCAGGGAAGGAAUUAUUAAAUCAUAAUAACUGUUUAUAAUGUUAUCCAAUUUAGAGAAAAACAAUUGUUAUUAUACUUGUAAUAUUUGUAAAUAUUCUUCGUAACUUGAUAGGGUGCGAAAAUUGCUCCCUUCAAGAAGACUUGCAAAACUGUCAGUCCUGCUACUGUUGUAUGUACUUACCUGUGAAAAACUUGUCUAGAGACAUCAAAGUUGAGUCUGUUUAAUGUUGUCAUUUAAUUCUAUCAUUUCAAAUGACCUAUUAACAAUUAUUAAAUCAUUUAAGACUCUAUUGUAAAAUGUGAUGGACAAAUAAAAAAACUAAAUUGUAAAUUAUCUUUUUUUCUUUUUCAAAAA